AUCAUUGGCGCUAACUUCAGAUUUCAUUCACUUUAACGACGCUCCUCUACUUGCAGCAUUCUGGGGGCUCGUUCCAUUCACCGUUGGUGGACUUUUUCUUUUUCUUUCUUCCUCAUUAUCAGUUGUUGGAUUGGCCCUUUUAUUCUAAUCCUAAUCGCAUGGAUCUCGAUUUGGCCUUCGCUUAGGAGGCCUUGUAGCAACCACCUCAGCCCUCCAAGCCUGUGGAAAUUGGAAAUUUGUCGUCGACAGACAGCCACCAGAUUUCACAUUUGAGAACAGUUUUUAUCGGUUUCGUCAUGGAGUUUUAAUUGGCAGCUGCACUUCCAAGGAUAUUCGUUCGACCUCGAGUUUCUUCCGUCCCCCUUCCUCGGCGCCUGUGGACCAUGUCGCGACGAGAUGGGUUUGCCGAUGGCCACCCUCGCGCCGUGAAACUUCUCUCCAGGCUGCGGGCAUGCCUGCCCCCCCUCAAUUUCAUCACCCUUCACUAUGCAUACUUUGUGGCUGUGUGCCUCAUCGCGUCCCUCAUCUUCUGGGGCUCGUCGGAUCCAGCCUUCAGCAUCAGCUACACCGACAGCCUCUUUGUGGUCGUGUCGGCCAUGACUGAGACUGGCUUGAACACGGUCAAUCUCAGCCAGAUGACAACUUGGCAGCAGGUCCUCUUGUGUUUCCUCAUAAUACUGGGAAGCGCAAUCUGGGUCUCUAUCUGGACUGUCGUCGCCCGGAAGCACGCCUUUGAGAAACGAUUUGAAGAUAUCGUUCGAGCCGACCGCAUUAGAAAGCGCAGCAGGACUCGCUACAGUACAUCUUCUCAUCUUUCACUGCUCCGGAGAUUUGGUUUAUUUCGAAAGGCCCGGAACACGCCGGUAGACCAGGCAGCCCUCACCCCAUCAAGCCCAGAGUCCCGAGGACGGAGCGAGCUGCCACUGGAAGUUGACGGGCCAACCUCCCAAUCCCCCGAACCAUCUGAUAUCCUGAGACAAGCUGCGACCCCUACCAGCCAAUCCGACCAUAUCACCUUCGUCAAUAGCCCCCGUCUGGAUGCCGGUGCCCAUGGGCUUGCUACAUCGAGUUCCUACCUCGCUGAGCACCAGCCUACCCGCCGGAGUAACCCAACCAAGGCAUCUUCGGACCCUGAAAAGCACCAUGCCAACAUACAGGAUUUUCUUUCGAACCGGAGCGUUGGUCGAAAUGGCCAGUUCCAUGACCUUACCUCGGAGGAGCGCGAAUAUCUCGGCGGCUACGAGUACCGGGCCUUGAAGUUACUCGCCAUUGUUGUCCCGCUGUACUCGUUCCUGUGGCAAUUCUUGGGCUGCGUCGCCCUGGGAGCGUGGAUCAACAACAAUCUACCCGAACCGGCAAUCAGCAACGGCAUCAAUCCCUGGUGGCUUGGCAUCUUCAACGGCUUCUCGGCGUUCAACAACUGCGGCAUGUCGCUCCUUGAUGCCAACAUGGUUCCUUACCAGAACUCGUACUUCGUCCUCAUCACCAUGGGCCUCAUGAUCCUGGCCGGAAACACGGCCUAUCCCGUCUUCCUGCGUCUGAUCUUUUGGUCGCUGUUCAAGGCGUUGACUUGGACGACUGCCGACGACGAUUUAUGUGACCUCAAGGAAACCCUCAAAUUCAUCCUGAAGUACCCCCGUCGAGUCUAUACGAACCUCUUCCCGUCCCGCCCGACCUGGUGGUUGGUCUUCAUGCUGGUCUGUUUGAACUCUGUGGACUGGGUUGCCUUUGAGCUCCUCAAUCUUGGAAACCCCGCGAUCGAUAACAUUCCUACUGGGUCUCGUAUCCUCGACGGGCUAUUCCAGGGCUUAGCUGUCCGUUCUGGCGGAUUCUAUGUCGUUCCCAUAUCGUCGGUCUACAUUGGUUUGCAGGUGCUUUACGUGAUUAUGAUGUACAUCUCUGUGUACCCAGUCGUGAUCACCAUGCGACACUCCAAUGUCUACGAGGAGCGGUCCCUCGGCAUCUAUGUCGGCGACGAGGCUCCCCCACAGGACGAUCCGGAGGAGGCUACCGCGCUACUCCGCCACCCUUCGUCCCCCGUCUCCGGCGUCGCCGCAUCGACCCACCGCGCCAGCCGCUCCGGCACGUCGGCCGAGCUUGGCCGCGCCCUCCGGCACUCGUUCGCGACGUUCUUCGGCGUCGGCGUCACGGCACAGCCGCCGCCCCCGUUCGGCGAGGGCCCUGAGUCCCCGAUCGGCUUCGUCAGCCAGCAGGUGCAGGGCCAGCUGGCGCACGACAUCUGGUGGCUGGUGAUUGCGGUCCUGGUGAUCACGACCAUCGAGACGGGCCACUUCCUCGCCGACCCGGUCGCCUUCUCCGUCUUCAACAUCAUCUUCGAGGUGGUGUCGGCGUUCGGCUGCGUCGGCAUCUCGGUCGGCCUGCCCGCCGAGUCGUACAGCUUCUCCGGCGGCUGGCGCCGCGGCAGCAAGCUGGUACUAUGCCUCGUUAUGAUCCGCGGCCGGCACCGCGGCCUGCCCGUCGCCCUCGACGGCGCCGUCCGCCUGCCCGGAGAGCAGCUGCACCGCGACGAGGAGGAGGACCACCGUAUCAGGCGGAGCUUGACGAGCCGCGGGGUGGGCGCCGAGACCUAGGUAGAUAUACCCCCCACCCAUGUAUGUAUAGUAACUCCCGACAUACGAAACACUUGGUUUCGAUUUCCGCCGUUUACUAGGCCUGAAAGUGUCGAGGAAAAUAGUAGGUCAAAUG